UGACGAUUGCUAUUAUACAAGCAUGAUACUGGGGCGUCGUUUUUAGGGCCCUUAUAGUGUUGGUGUUUGGGGUGGUGGAGUUGGCAGCACAUUUAUCUCCAGUCAGAUACCCCUAUUCACCCAACUACCGGCUGCUAAGUUAGCAUGGGAGCCCUGUCACGCUGUCCUUUCGCAUACUUGUGUCGCCCUCCUUAGAAUACCACCUCAUCGACCGAUUCCAAUUCCCCCGGAAACAGUGGUUCUAGUUUGACAGCUCUCUGGAACAUCCUUGAGCAUCGACCCCAAGAGCUGAGAGGCCCGGCUUCCACCCAUUGCGAAUCGAAGGGGAAGCAUGCUGUCCACGCUGCCGCUAUGUGGCUGGUGCUCUCCGAGUGAUAGUUCGUGGUGCCAACCAAAUGCUCUAGUAUGAGCCAAGACCCUUGGCGCCCAGCUACACUUUGGUCGUGGGCUCGUUUACCGGUAUGCCAACACAAGCAUUCCCCCUUCGUUGUGACAGUUAACAUACGACACAGUGGCAAGUACCAGCCUGGAACAAAAAGUGAUCGGAAAAAAAGUGGUUGGCACAACACCACUUUUUUCCGAUCACUUACCCUUACACCCUGGUACAAGUAGCAAGCAACACAACAGUCUUUCCAGGAGUAUGCCUGGUAGCUCAGGUUUCAUUGGGUAAGGAUGUUGUCAUCGUGGGUAAUACUGCGCGGGUCGAUGGAUGGGAUGGGGCUUGAGGGUUCUACUUACCCACCUCUGAGAGGAUGUCUGGAAAUGCUGACCAGUGUAGCAGGGCGAAGGCUCGGGGCACAAGGAUAUUCUCAGGUUGAUUGUUACGAUUGGCAGAUACCUCCUCCGGCCGAUUUCGUCGCGCCGGAGUUUUAUUCUCCCGGUGUCGGUUUACUCGGUACAAUUUGUGUCUACAGUUGGUCGGUGUAUCAAGCUCUCGGUAUCAUGGUUCUGCUGGACCAACGCAAGGCUUGUGAAUAUCUGCAGCACGGGCGACAGGCUCGUGGAAAGUUGGGCAAAAAGGCGCGACCGUUGUUUACUGGCUGUUGUAAUAAUAAUAAUUAUAGAAUAUGGUGUUGGGAUUGGUGGGGCCUUCAUCCGGACAUGAGGCUCCG